GCGAAGCAAGUAAAAGGUUGAAAUCUCUAUGAUCGAAGUAGAACUAGUGAGGAAACAGUGUCCUUCCUUGCGGCUCUAUUCGUGAAAUGCAAAACACCUGUCUCCUACUCUAAACUCCUCUUUCGUUCGCUUUUCCCCUCCCCCAACACAACACAACAUUCUUUCGUGAAACUCAGAAAACCCUAAACCCCUCUCAAACCUUGUAGAUUCCGACAUCCUAGAAUUAGUUACUGGUUAAGUAGCUUAGCUUCACUCACUUUCUAUUUCUUCCAGAAUGCCAAAUCCAAAGCACAUUAUUCUGCAGAGCUUUGUCUUCCUCUGCCUGCUUCUUCAGGCAUCGUCAAAAUCCACGAUCGAGCCAUGCUCAAACUCCGACUCAUGCAACGCGCUUCUGGGCUACACCCUCUACACGGACCUCAAAGUCUCCGAGGUGGCGUCGCUGUUCCAAAUCGACCCCAUCUCGCUCCUCACCGCGAACGCCAUCGACAUCUCCUACCCCGACGUCGAGCACCACAUCCUCCCCUCCAAGCUCUUCCUGAAAAUUCCCAUCUCCUGCUCUUGCGUCGACGGCAUUCGCAAAUCCGUCGCUACUCACUACAAGACCCGCCCCUCCGACACCCUCUCCUCCAUCGCCGACGCCGUCUACGCCGGCCUCGUCUCCUCCGACCAGCUCCGCGAGGCCAAUUCCAUCUCCGACCCUUCGGUUCUCGAUGUCGGACAGAACCUCGUCGUUCCUCUUCCUUGCACGUGCUUCAACGGCUCCGAUAACUCUCUCCCCGCGAUUUACCUCUCUUAUGUUGUUCGCCCCGUUGAUACCCUCGCUGCCAUUGCUGCUAGGUACUUCACCACCCUCACUGAUUUGAUGAAUGUUAAUGCCAUGGGAAGCACUGCUAUUAACGAUGGCGAUAUCCUCGCUGUUCCAAUUCCCGCUUGUGCUUCGAAUUUUCCGAAAUCCGCCUCUGAUUUUGGCUUGCUUGUCCCUAAUGGAAGCUAUGCCAUUACCGCGGGGCACUGUGUGCAAUGUAGCUGUGGACCCAAAAACCUUGAUUUGUACUGUAUGCCGGCUUCUCUGGCUGUUUCUUGCUCCAGCAUGCAAUGUAGAGGCAGCAACCUUAUGCUUGGGAAUGUUACAGUGCAGCAGACUAGUGGUGGUUGCAAUGUUACGUCUUGCAAUUAUGAUGGCAUUGUUAAUGGCAGCAUUGUAACAACGUUGUCCCCCUCUCUUCAGCCUCGAUGUCCAGGGCUGCAGGAAUUCCCUCCCCUUGUUGCUCCACCUACAACCGUUGCAAGGGACACAGUGUUUGCACCAGCACCAGCACCACUGUUCGAUGGAGCUGGUCCAGCAUCACCCAAAUCCUCGCUGGUGCCUUCAGCGGGGCUUCCAGGAGGAUUCUCUCCUGCAAAUGGCCCUAUUAGCGGCAUUUCUUCCGGGGCUUCUGUUGCAUGCUCCUUGGUGAAACCAUUGCCCACUUUGACGAAUGCACUUGUGUUAUUGCUUGUCAAGUUGAUGAUACCUGUGGCAUUGUAAUCUUCUCAAUUUUGUGGGGGGUAUAGUUGGCCUGCUACUUGUGUUUGUCACAGGUGCACCUGUCUAUCGUAGUUGCUGAUAUUCAUUUUGUACUCUUGAACUGAUUCGUGAAUCUGGAAAACUAUGGGAUUUCGGGUUUCCUCUCACGCUUAGCCAUAUAUUAUUUGGUGCUUUGCUGAAUUAUCGUGUUUAUCUACUGUCAGUAAUUUUAGGUAUAAUCUAUUGUCAAUCUGUAUAGAAGCUCUAAAUCGGUUU